UCGGAAUUUAUCCUUACAUUCAUCAGCUUACAAAAAAAUCCAAUGCAAGAAAAUCGAAAAAAAUCUUUGUAUCAUUUUAUAGAAAUCGAAUAAAUAGUUAAGAUUUUUUACAAAUGUGUAUGAAGAAAUCCCAAAUAGAAAUAUGUAACUAAAUAGCAUUGGUUUUUAUUUACAUAAAGUAUAAAUGUUGUUAAACAUUAUUUAUUUGUGUUAAAAAAUAAAUAAAAAUAUAUUCUUUUUUAUUCUGAGUAAAAUAUAUUAUCUAAAAUGGAACAGAAUGAAAUGGGCAGUCAAUCAUCAAUUAAGGAACAAUCCGAAUUGGAGAAGUAUAAAAAAAGUUUACACAACUUAGUGGUUGCAUAUAAAAAAUUAACAUUUGAAAAAAAUGCUUUGGAAGAAACAUUAAAGGCAUCUACAAACUACGACAAAGAUGAUGUGUCUGAAACUGAUACUUCUGAGAUAUCCAAUGAUUCUCAACAAUCCAGAUUUAUCAAUUUAGUAAAUACAAUAGCUGGUCUACAACGAGAAAAAAAUGAAGCUGAAGAAUUAGCAGCUAGUGAAAAAAAACAUUUGCAAAAUGAAAAGAUAGAACUUGAAAAAUUAGUUAAAGAACUGAAUAAUAAAAUGGAUACAUUAAAAAAACUUCAACGAUUAGAAAUGGAAAACAUAAAAGGAAAAUUCAAUAAAGAACGAUUACAACGAGAAAAAGAGUUUAAUGACCAUGGUGUAAUGAUGAGAGAAUUACAAAAACUUAUGGCUGAAGAACGACGGCAAAAAGAACAAGCAGAAUCAUUAGCCGAUAACCUACAAAAAGAAGUUACACAUUUACGAAGAGAAAAUGAAAACUUUAAAAAACAAGCUUUUGAUUUGGAAACUGAACUUGAAGAAAUUAAACAAAAAUCAAAAUUUAGAGAAGAAGAAACAUCUAGUAUGUUAGCUCAGUUACGACAAGAAGUGAAAGCAGUUAGACAGAAUCAUUCAAGUGCAAUUUCUCAAGAACAACAAAGAGCAACAGAAGCAGAAAACAGAGCUAGAGAACUUGCUAUAGCACAUGAAGUGAGGGUUUCAAAUUUAGAAACACGAUUAACAGAACUGUCAAAUUCCAUUGGAGUUUAUGAUAAAAUUAGACAUCAAAAUGAACACACAAUACUAUCUUUGAAGGAACAAGUAAGAAAAUUAGAAGCAGAAAUUGGAAAUAAUGAAGAAUACACUGUGUCUGAAAUAGUGGAAAAGUUCAAAUAUUUCAAAAAUCUUUUAUUAAAUUUAGCCAAAACAUCAGAGGUUCCUUUAAAUAUUGAAGAUAUAAUAUUGAAAGAUUUGGAUUUUGAUAUUUCCAACUAUAAAAUUAAACAUAUUGAAUAUCCAGCUAAACAAGAGGAAAAUAUAGUAACUAAUGUAGUAUCUUCUAAGCAAGACAGCUCUAUUCUACUGAAUCAAGUAAAAAAUUUACAACAACAUGUUAAUACAUUACAAUUUGAACGAGAUCAACUAGAACAUAAGUAUAAAGAAAAAUUGGAAGAAGAUAAUGAAGGAAAUAUUAAUUGGAAGGAAAAAUAUAUGGCAAAUGAUUUAGAGUGGCGUAAACGUACAUCGUUUUUAGAGCAGCAAUUAUUAAGACAGCGUGAUAAAGCACAAGAAAUGGUUUCAGAAAAAGAACUAGAACUAAAUACUCUUCGUGAAGCUCUUCAAACUACAAAAUUUAAUAGGAAAACAUCUCAUUCAUCUACUGGUUCUAGAAAAGAAUUCCAGGACUAUUUAAAUGAAGAAUCUAACAAAAAAGGUUCUCAUUUGCUUCAUUAUGCACAUGAAUUAGCACUGAAGGACAUGGAAAUAUCCAAAUUUAAAAAAUCUAAGUCUAAAAUAGAGUCGAAAUACAGAGACUUACAGAAAAGUACAGCUGAUAUGCAACAACAAUUCAAAACUGAUGUUGAUCAACUUAAUCAGCAAUUAAUUAGACUUGAAUCAUGCAAAUCCAGAGAAGGAGCUAAUUUAGAAUACCUAAAAAAUGUAACAUUAAGUUAUUUUCUUACCGCAGAUGAUAAAAUUAGAAAACAUAUGGUAAAUGCAAUAGCAGCAGUUUUGAAAUUUUCUGAUAGCGAAACGGAAAAGGCCAUAAAAAGCUUAUCCCAAGGCAAAUAAAUAUAAUUUGUUUUGAUAUUUUAUUGAUAAUGUUUUAAAAACGUAAUAUUUAAUCCCUUUAUUCGAGAUUAAUUAAAUCCAAAAGCAUUUAAUUUAUUUUUA